GGCGGGCGUACACUUCGGACCCUCCUUUCAGCUGUGCGCGAGGGAGGGGAGAAAGGCGAGGAGGUUUUCGCGGCCUGCGGUGUGGUUCUAUUUCGGAAAUCAGUAGUUAUCGCUUCAUUCUGAACCGACGGAUGUUUUACACGGACCUAAAUUCAAUUUGAAGCGGCGGGUGCUCUAAACGGUGCAUGAAGCUCUUGAAUAAAGCUCUUGAAAAGCCUCACCGGACUGAAAGGAAGUCAGAAAGAAGACCAGGAAGAGAACAGGAAAUAGCUUUUAGCAAGUGGAGAUGGCCUACUCUAACUACAGCACACUGAACAGGGCUCAGCUCACCUUCGAGUAUCUGCACACCAACUCGACAACCCAUGAGUUCCUGUUUGGAGCUCUGGCUGAGCUGGUGGACAACUCCAGGGAUGCCAAUGCCACCCGGAUUGACAUCUACACAGAGAAGAAACAAGACUUGCGUGGAGGCUACAUGCUAUGUUUCUUAGACGACGGCACAGGAAUGGACCCCAACGAGGCGACCCAUGUGAUCCAAUUUGGGAAGUCCAGUAAGCGUACACCAGAUUCCACUCACAUUGGCCAGUACGGGAACGGACUCAAAUCGGGUUCCAUGCGUAUUGGGAAAGAUUUUAUUCUGUUUACCAAGAAGGACAACACACUGUCCUGCCUGUUCCUGUCUAGAACAUUCCAUGAGGAGGAGGGGCUUGACGAGGUGAUCGUACCCCUGCCCACCUGGGAACUGCUGACCAGACGGCCAAUCACGGGAGACCCUGAGAAGUUUGCCAUAGAGACGGAGCUCAUCUACAAAUACUCUCCUUUUAAAAACGAACAGCAGCUGAUGGAACAGUUCAACAAGAUAGAGGGCAGCAGCGGUACAUUGGUGAUCAUCUAUAACCUGAAGUUGAUGGACACCAGAGAGCCAGAGCUGGAUGUGGAGACAGACCACCAGGAUAUCCUGAUGGCUGGAACCCCCUCAGAGGGAGUGAAGCCAGAGCGUCGGUCGUUCCGAGCAUAUGCUGCUGUCCUCUACAUCGACCCCAGGAUGAGGAUCUUCAUACAGGGACACAAAGUCAGGACCAAGAGACUGUCCUGCUGCCUCUACAAACCCAGGGUAUAUAAAUACACAUCAACUCGAUUCAAAACCCGCGCUGAGCAGGAAGUAAAAAAGGCUGAUCACCUCGCUAAGUUAGCUGAAGAGAAGGCUCGGGAGGCGGAGAGCAAAAGUCUGUCUCUGGAGACCAAACUGGGAGACGACAUGUCUAGAGAAUCACGGGUCAUAUUGCGUAAGGCCCAGGAGGGUGCCAUGAUGCUUCGCCGGGAGGCAGAAGUGAAGAAGAAGAUUCAGGAGUCCAAACAGAAAGCGUUGAAGGACCCAAAAGAGCUGAGUUUUAUCUUUGGGGUGAACAUUGAGCAGAGAGACCUGGACGGGAUGUUUGUGUAUAACUGCUCUCGCCUCAUCAAGAUGUAUGAGAAGACUGGACCUCAGCUGGAGGGAGGAAUGGCGUGUGGGGGUGUUGUGGGGGUAGUAGAUGUCCCAUACCUGGUUUUGGAGCCCACUCACAACAAGCAGGACUUUGCGGACGCUAAAGAAUACAGACACCUUCUGAGAGGCAUGGGAGAACACCUAGCCCAGUACUGGAAGGACAGCAACAUAGCUCAGAAGGGCAUAGUGAAGUUCUGGGAUGAGUUUGGGUACCUGUCUGCCAGCUGGUCCUCGCUCCCCUCGCCAGAGCAGAGGUACAAGAGACGCCGCGCCAUGGAGAUACCCCUCACCAUACAGUGUGAUAAGUGUCUGAAGUGGAGGACUCUGCCAUUCCAGAUGGAUGCGGUGGAUAAACGUUACCCGGACAGCUGGGUGUGUCUGAUGAACCCUGACAGCACUCAGGACAGGUGUGACGCGCCGGAGCAAAAACAGAACCUUCCGUGUGGGGUUCUGAAGAAGGACAGGCAGACGGCAGAGGACAAACAGAAAGAACUGACAGAGAAGAUUAGACAGCAGCAGGAGAAAUUAGAGGCUCUGCAGAAAACCAGCACCAUCAGAUCAGCAGCAGAUGUGAAGAAGUUACCUCUGGACGUCAGCAUGAGACCCAUAAAUGAGAGUUCCUCCCAGGGAACCAGGUCGUCAGAGCGUGUGUCACGCCCUCGCUCCCCUCCUCUCCCCGCCCUCCUCAAGAACGCCCCCAGCCAGCCCCCAGCCCUCAACCGCAAACCCACAUAUUCCCCUCGACCGACCACCCGGCCUGCUGCCCCUCCCCCGGCACCCAGAGUUGACCAAUCCAGAGCUGGAGCGAAGCAGUCACCCGCUCCAGCAAAGCCCGCCCCCAAAACUCCAGCCAAAGUCCCCGCCAAACCCACCCCUUCAAGCCGUACCUCACGGACUCCAGCCAAAUUGUCUCCUGGCAAAGCAACCACACCUGCUAGCAGCCAGCGCAAGAAAGUGAUGGAGCAGGAGGAGAGUGAAGAGGAGGAGGAGGAGGAGGAGGAAAAAGAGGAGGAGGACGACAGCGAGGAUGACAGUGAGGAGGAGGAGCCUCAGCCCAAGAAAUCCAAGAUGGUAACUGCAGUGGGGAAUCGUGGGAAAGCUGUUGAGAAAGCUCCACUCAAACGGGGAAAAGUGACAGAGGUCCAUACCCCCCCACCCAGCACCAAACCCCCGCCACCUGAGAAGAGGAGAGCUAUCAUAGCAACACGGCUGCCCCCCGCAACACCACCCCUGGCUAAACCCAUCCCCACCCCCCCUAGAGCCAAGGUGACAGACAGCACAGAGAACGAGGACCCAGAAUAUGAUCUGAAGAAUGCUCAGAAAGAUAAGGGUCUGUUGGUGGAGGUGCGUGUGAAUAAGGAAUGGUUCACAGGCAAAGUUGUUGCUGUGGAAACCAGUAAGCAGAGCAUUCGCUGGAAGGUGAAGUUUGACUACGUCCCCAGAUCUACCCCCAAGGACCGAUGGGUUUUCAAAGGCAGUGAGGAGGUGAGGUUGAUGCGACCGCCCUCUCCCCUCUCCCAGACCCCUGACACACAGCAAGGGGAGGGGACUGAGAAAGGCCCCCCCCCCAUGGAACCUGACACCACCCAACCAGGAUCCAGUCGAGAGGUGACUGACAACCUGGUCACCAUGAUGAGGACAGUGCUGCGUUAUUUCUUCCCUCCUGAUUUCCGGAUCCCGAAGGAAGAUGUCAACAGCAUGACUGCAGAGGAGCUAGUGGCCUUCCCUAUGAAAGAGUAUUUCCAGCAGUAUGAGCUGGGUCUCCAGUCUUUGUGUAACUCGUACCAGAGCAGAGCUGAUGCCAGAGCCAAAGCUGUGGAGGAAAAGAGUAGCAGCGCUGAGACCAAACUCAGGGAGGCAGACGAAAAGCUACAGAAACUACGAACCAACAUUGUACAACUGCUACAGAAAGUACAGGAGGACAUUGACAUAAACACAGACGAUGAACUGGAUGCCUACAUAGAAGACCUGCUGACCAAGGGGGACUAGAGAGGAGGUCUCUCCACCCGGUGCCUGACUCAGACAGCACCGCCCCAUCUGAUUCUCAGAACUCUGGUCCGUCCGGCCUUCCCAAUGUGUACUGUAGCUCCUCUACAGACGCCCUUUACCCAUAACUCCCUCCAUGAGGCCUGCUUGCCGCGCUCUACACAGUCUACUGUGUCUUCUGAUAGAUCUGCAGAUGGAGGAGAGGAGAGGCAGCUGCUGCCUGAACUGGUGCUGUUGCUGUUUGGUCCCUGAGUUUGUUUUUAUAAAACUGCAGUAUAUGUUUUUCUGUUUCUCUUUCUGUUCCUAUUUAGUAAGCAUUAGCAUGUUCUCAUAAUGGACGUGUAUUUUUAUUUAGUCCUUUUAUAUAUCAACAAUGUAUGUUAUAUACAAGAUAUGUUAAGCUACUGUAGGUUAAGCCAACCAGUCCUGAUUGACUGUAGAACUGAACUGUCAUCAAUCUGUAGGUGGUAAUCAGAUUCUGCGCACACACACACACACACACCAGUCUGAGUAGGGCACCAAGCAUCCCCGAUCAAAGUUCCUGUGAUGUAGAUGACAGGCGUUUCUGUGAUUUCAGAAGACGGUCUGUAUUCUCCAUAUUGAUCUGUGAUCAAGUGGAGAGAUAUUAAAUGAAUCAUAAACCAAUAAUCUGAUAACGUCCUGACCUCUAAUCCUGACCCACAACCCCUUUAUUACCACCAGUCAGUCAGAUGCAAAUCCAGUUCCAUUGAAUUCCAUAUUUGAUGUUAGCUGCUAUCACUCUGGUCGAGUCUUUGAAAGCAUGUUAAAGCAUUAAGUUUCAUCCAUUGUCCCAGUGUUGAUAAAUCAAAUCAGUGUUGCCUAGUGGCUUUCAACCUACUUUCUCCUACCCUCUCUCCCCAGCCUACCCUCCUCUCUCCCAAUCCUACCCUCUCUCCCUCUCACCCUUCCAUCCCCUCUCCCACCCUUCCCUCUCCCACCCUUCCCUCUCCCACCCUCCUCUCUCCCAUCCUACCCUCCUCUCCCACCCUACCCUCCUCUCUCCCACCCUACCCUCCUCUCUCCCACCCUACCCUCCUCCUCUCCCCAUCCUUCCCUCCUCUCCCCAUCCUUCCUCCCUAUCUCUCCCAUCCUACCCUCCUCUCUCUCCCCACCCUGUCCUCUCUCUCCCCACCCUGUCCUCCUCUCUCUCCCCUCCCUAUCCUAUUCUGACAGUGUAGUCGUCAGAUUUACCAGCCAGCUUAUUGAGGGUGUUUGGUUCUCCCAACGCCCUCAAGACUGAAGUACUUACUGGGUUUUAUCAGUACGACUAUCUAUAACGUUUCCUCAGUACAACCGUAUUAUGUCCCAAUUGUUUCCUCUUGCCAUUGUGACCCAACGGUUCACUGUUUUCAUUUAGUUCUCAGUUAUUAUCUGGAUUCUGAGUAUAGUUCUUUGUUCAUAUUAUUCAGUGGUCAUGUUUCUUCUAAUAAGUAUUUUUAACAUGUCAAGGAAACAUUUUAUUAAAAGGUGAACGUUA